CACCCGUCACUGAUGAGCAGCCGCCGGCGGAGCUGGAGCUGAUUCAAUGUUCAAACCCGGGGGGACUUGUGCUACGGGAGGUUACUGGAGUGCUGAGUGCCCGGCUCCUCUGCCCAGCGAGAUGCCUUAUUUUGCAAAACUCCUGUUGUUAAUCUUUUGCUUAGUUCUUCUCGUGGAAAGCAGAAAACACAGGAGGAGGAGGUGGACAAACCAGCUGGAGGUGCAGAGGGCAAGUCACAUCUAUAAGAAGAAUCGUGACAUGACCAAAUCCUGGAAGGGAAAGACGGAGCAGCUUCUCAGGGUCGAUGACCAUGACUUCACCAUGCGGCCAGCCUUUGGAGGCCCUGCAAUUCCUGUUGGGGUGGAUGUGCAAGUUGAAAGCUUGGACAGUAUUUCUGAGGUUGACAUGGAUUUCACUAUGACCCUGUACUUAAGGCACUACUGGAAGGAUGAGCGUCUCUCCUUUCCCAGCACCACCAACAAGAGCAUGACCUUUGAUGGCAGGCUGGUGAAGAAGAUCUGGGUUCCAGAUGUCUUCUUUGUGCACUCCAAGCGGUCCUUCAUUCAUGACACCACCACAGAGAACAUCAUGCUGCGAGUGUUCCCCGAUGGUCAUGUCCUCUACAGCAUGAGGAUCACAGUGACAGCAAUGUGCAACAUGGACUUCAGCCGCUUCCCCCUGGACUCCCAGACAUGUUCUCUGGAGCUGGAAAGCUAUGCUUACACUGAUGAAGAUCUGAUGCUGUACUGGAAGAAUGGGAACGAAUCUCUGAAAACUGAUGAAAAGAUUUCUUUGUCUCAGUUUUUGAUACAGAAGUUCCACACUACAUCCAGAUUGGCUUUCUACAGUAGCACAGGUUGGUACAAUCGCCUCUACAUAAGCUUCACUUUACGCCGACACAUCUUCUUCUUCUUGCUCCAAACCUACUUCCCUGCCACCCUCAUGGUCAUGCUGUCCUGGGUGUCCUUCUGGAUCGAUCACCGAGCAGUUCCUGCCAGAGUCUCUUUGGGGAUAACCACUGUGCUGACCAUGUCUACCAUCAUCACUGGGGUGAAUGCCUCCAUGCCUCGUGUUUCCUACAUCAAAGCAGUGGACAUUUACCUGUGGGUCAGUUUUGUGUUUGUCUUCCUCUCCGUACUGGAAUACGCAGCAGUGAAUUACCUGACUACGGUGCAGGAGCGGAAGGAGAGGAAACUUCAGGAGAGGUUUCCAUGUACGUGUGGAAUACCUCACUCGAAAACUAUGAUGCUGGAUGGAAACUACAGUGAAGCUGAUGCCAACAGCCUGGCAGGGUAUACGAGGAACCAGAUGGUCCCAGAGGAAGAAAAACAAGAAAAGAUGGUUGUGCACUUAGCUCUGAGCAACGAAUCUAAUUCAUCAAGGAGGAGAGGCCUGAAGGGCCACGUGGGCUUGCGCAUCAUCCAGAACAGCCAUGCAAUUGAUAAAUACUCAAGAUUCAUAUUUCCAGGCACCUAUAUAUUUUUUAAUCUGAUAUAUUGGUCUGUUUUUAGCUAAGCAUGCUGGCACAGCAGUGACCGAAGCAGAAGACUUAUACAAAACUCUCUUGUUAGUUCUUUUUCAGCCUAAGCUGGAUUCAAAGCCAGACAACUGAUUAUUUAUUGCUUCUUUGCGGGGCAAAGGGGGAGGACACAUCUUCAAGGGACAACUCUAUCCAGAGGCAUCAUGGUGGAAGAACCUGCUGUGCUAGUUGCUUUCCAGCUCGUGCCCCAGCUCCCAUUGGCUUUAUGAUGCAUGCUGUUUCUUGUACUUGAAAAAAUGGUCUCACCAUUUACCCAGAAGGUGCUGUAUGUUCAUUUGAGGCAGACCACGCUGGUGGGGGCUGCUGUGCAAUGGACAAUCAGAGACAGAGGGCACAUGGGCUGUCAGAGAUCAGACAACUGCAACUUGCAAGGGGAGGUCUGGACAAUGCAUCUCCUAGAUGGGAUGAGGCCUUUUAUUUUCAAAAUCUCUGCUUUUGAGCAAAUCCUUUUUCUUUGGUAUAUGAGCAUCAUGUUUGUUUCCAUUAGUUUAUGAAGACCUCAUUUUAGGGUCCUGGCUGCACCAGGGGAGGUUUA